AUGGCAAUCAGUACUCUCUCCCGUUCGUUGGAUUCGCCAAUAUCAACUAUGACGCGGAAUGUUGCCAUCGCAGAGAUUGUGAUAUAUUCCCUCAUUCACAUUGCACAAUUUAGCACAAGAUCCAUGCAAGAAUGGCGUUACUGGCACCACCGUAAGAACAAGAGUAUAGGACGAUGUGUGUUCUAUUCUUGGUGGAGUAUGGUCGGUCUUCUGUCACAGAUUCGCAUAGCAGGCUCGGCGCUGGUGCUUGCCAGUCCACAUCCAGAGAAGCCAAUGCUCAUUGCUGAAUCCAUUUUGCAAAGCGUGGGCCUUUCACCUCUCUUGUUUGAAGUCAGCUUAGUCUUAUUGCGAUGUGGGCAAUCCGGAGAGACUGGUCCUGGUAAUUCGAAAUGGACCAAGCGGACCCGGUUUGCUCUGCAUUUCUUUCGUUUUCCGGUUUUCAUCGCCAUCAUGCUAGCAGUAGUGGGUGGGUGUAUCAGCAUGCACGCAUUGAGAGAAGCUGGAUCCAUUGUUCUUGUUGUCACAUUUGUCUAUGUGUCCGGUCUUGUCGGGUGGCUUGCGGUUAAAUCCCGGUUUAUUCUUUCCGAGUUGGGUCACCGCGCCGUGCUUUUGACAUUUUUGACUCUUCCCUUUUUGCUGGUUCGGAUCAGUUAUUUCCUAUUGUUGGAGUAUGGACCCCCCAAAUUCAACCCAGCCACUGGUGAUGUCGGCAUCUUGAUUGGAAUGGGGCUUCUGGUGGAGGUCAUCAUUGUUGCCUUGCUUUUGGCGGCACGCGCUGUAGCAGAACCGGCUGGGUUGUCGGUCAUUUCUAAGCGCGCCAUAUGUGAUGAUUUGGAAUCGAUGCGGGACUGA